UCCUCUCGAGUGCAGAGGUUUACAGUCCGUUAACAAAAAAGUGGUGCUGCAUCGCGCCCAUGCUGAUGCCUCGUUGUGGAGUCGGACUGUGCACUCUCCAUGGAUGCUUAUAUGCCGUCGGAGGACAGGAUGGGAUCGUUGAAUUGAACACAGUUGAACGCUACGAUCCAGUAACUAACAUUUGGGAGUUUGUGGCCCCUAUGCUCUCCAGGUAG